AUGGCAUACAAAAGAAGAUUGUUGAAGGAAAUGCAGACCCUUUUGGACCUCUCGAUUCCAGGGUUGAAAUUCAUCCCUACCGAAGAUGGGAUCAAUCAUUGGUACGUCGAUAUCAAUAUUGUUGAUAAUCCAAUAUAUGAUCCCGCCCAUGCUUUCCGCCUUGAGAUUGUUGCGGGAGAUGAGUAUCCCAUCGAGCCACCAAUGGUGAAGUUCAUUGGCCAGGAAAUCCCACUUCAUCCUCAUGUGUAUAGCAAUGGUCAUAUUUGCUUGAAUAUUUUGGGAGAUGGUUGGACCCCGGCACAAUCGAUAAGAUCAAUUGCCCUAUCGAUUCAAUCGAUGUUACAAGGAAACACUAAAAAUGAACGUCCACCAGAUGAUGAAAGGUACAUUUCCCAUGCUCCUCAAAAUCCACGCUCGCUGGGUUGGGUGUACCAUGAUGAUAAUGUUUGA